GGAACACGCUUCCUUAUCUCUCGUAUCCAAGCGGCACCGAUCUCUAUUGACGACCCCUGAGUUGUACAAAUUCCGAACCCUUUUGGGAUGCACAGAAAACCUCAUUCAUCUAUGCUUACGCAUCCCUCCAGAUCCAAACCCAGGCUGGUUCACCCUCUCCCUAAAACCCCUUGAUCGGCGGCUGGUCCCAGUGCGGUCUUACUUCUACCAGCCUCUGGACGCAGCUUCCAUGGGUGGAAGGAUAGGCGGAAGAGCCUCGUCCAGUGUCAUGUUCCUGGAUUGUCGAUCUCACACGUGGAGCACUCUCCCCUCCAUGGGGGUGCCUCGAUAUUCAGCUGCGUCUGGUGUGGUGGACGGGAAGAUAUACAUACUUGGAGGGUGUGAUGACCGUAACUCCAGCAGGUGGGGAGAGGUUUUCGACCCAAAGAAGCAGACUUGGGAUGCCCUGCCGAUUCAAUGGUGCAGGGGCAUGUGUAUCCUACAUACCAAGUGAAAGCAAAUGGAAAAAAGGGAAUAAGAAAACUUCCCAAGUUUAUAAGGGUUGGCACGUGAUAGAUAAUAUCGUGUAUUGCAGUGCCUUAGGUGGGCGGAUAUUGUGGUGUGAGGCACAUGAAUGGGAGAGGCCCGUAACCACCCAUGUGAUGGAGUGGAGAGAGGUGAUGGGCUUGGAGUCUCUCAGGGAAACUCUCGCUGCCUCCAAGCUCGUCAACUAUGGUGGACGCUUGGGGGAUCUCUGGGAGUCCAACAAACCGCUGAUGCAAGCUGCAGGAUUUGAGAUAACUGAACUCGAUGAAAAAUUUCCCGGGCACAAACUGAGCAACUCUGGUCCCAACAUGUUGAUCUUCUGGGACGUGCUUGCUCCUCGUAAGUUAGAGAUUUGGUGUGCGGAGGUCUGUUUGGAGAGACACAAGGACACAUGCCAGAUUAGAGGAAACAUUUUGUGGUCCGAACCUGUCAUGACACUGGAUCCUCCUCCUCCACAUCAGCUUCACUGUCACAUUUUGUAUACUUCACCUCUCAACCUCUGAGUACCAAAACCUCCUUUAUCUAUGUUGGAUUUGUUUUUCUCUCUAUUUGUUAUUAAGUCUCUCAAAUAAUCUUUUUUUUUUUCUUAACAUUUUGUGUAUCCAAUGAAUUUUUAUCUGGACAUUUUUCUUUUC